AAGUAACUCUCUUCCUCGGUUCCUCCUCCCCUCCCCGGCAAGGCCAAGGCCAGCCGCGCGCGAGCUCACCUCAGAGCUCACCUCGUGUCAGUCGCAGCUCAUCUAUAUAAGCAGAUGCCCCUCUCCUCACUUAAAGCACCCAGUGUUAGCGCCGCACGGAGAGAGAGAGAGAGGAGGCGUGGCACGGUGGCAGCAGCUGCUGCAAACAGGCAAUUAAGGCCAGACAGAUAGGUGUUAGAGAGAGAGAGGUUAGCGGAAGAGCUGAGAGCUAAAGGAGAGGGCAGCAACAAGUAUAGCUAAGCUAGCCCGGACGCAAUGAGGUCGAGGAGGUUCUUGCCGUCGUCGUCCUCGCGGCAGAGCAUGUUGGCCGCGGUCAUAGGCGUGGUGCUGGCGGCGACGCUGUCGUGCGCGGCGGCGCGGCUGAGCCAGAGCUACUACGCGUCGACGUGCCCCAACGUGGAGACCCUGGUCCGCGGCGCCGUCUCCCAGAAGCUGCAGAAGACCUUCAACGCCGCGCCCGGCACGCUCCGCCUCUUCUUCCACGACUGCUUCGUCAGGGGGUGCGACGCGUCGGUGCUGCUCUCGGGGCCCGACGACGAGCGCAGCGCGGGCGCGGACACGACGCUAUCGCCCGACGCACUGGACCUCAUCACCCGCGCCAAGGCGGCCGUCGACGGCGACCCCCAGUGCACCAACAAGGUCUCCUGCGCCGACAUCCUCGCCCUGGCCACCCGCGACGUCGUCUCCCAGACAGGCGGGCCGUACUACCAGGUGGAGCUGGGGCGGCUGGACGGCAAGGUCGGGACGCGCGCCGUGGUGAAGCACAGCCUCCCUGGCGCCGGCUUCGACCUGGACCAGCUCAACAAACUCUUCGCCGCCAACGGCCUCACCCAGACCGACAUGAUCGCGCUCUCAGGGGCCCACACGAUCGGCGUGACGCACUGCGACAAGUUCGUGCGGCGGCUGUACCCGUUCAAGGGCGGGCGCGGCGGCGGCCCGCCGAUGAACCUCUACUUCCUGCGGCAGAUGCGGAAGACGUGCCCGCUCAACUACAGCCCCUCCGCGUUCGCGAUGCUGGACGCCGUCACGCCGCGCAAGUUCGACAACGGCUACUACCAGACGCUGCAGCAGAUGAAGGGCCUGCUGGCCUCCGACCAGGUCCUCUUCGCCGACCGCCGGUCCCGGGCCACCGUCAACUACUUCGCGGCCAACCAGACGGCCUUCUUCGACGCCUUCGUUGCCGCCAUGGCCAAGCUCGGCCGCGUCGGGGUCAAGACCGGCGCCGACGGCGAGAUCCGCCGGGUGUGCACCAAGGUGAACUAGCUCGUGCAAGCAGCUGGCAGCACCCCAUCAGCGUUGAUAUGCGCCGUACAUUGGGUAGUAGAGGGUUGAGAUUGUCUGUCCAUGCUCAGAAUCCAUCGAUCACAGUGUAUUAAUUUGUUCCCGCCCAAUUCUUUUCUUGAUUAUGUAAUCAUGUAAGAAGAAGAAGCUCCAUACAUCUUAGGAUAUUUCCAGGGCCCACCCUACCAUCUGAUAGAAUAACUGAAGAAGGUAGUACAACACUUACAUCGAUGUAAAUGCUACAAGUUGGUCAUGCAGUUGAAAGUAUAUGCCGUUCUUUCUUGACA